AUGAAGCUCGCCGAGCUGAAGGAGAUUUGCAGAUCCAAGUCCUUGCCUGUCAGCGGCAAGAAGGCCGAGCUGGUUGCUCGCAUCCUCGCAGAGGAGUCCGGAGUCGCCAGCGAAGAGGAAGACCGAGGGGAGGAAGAGGAAGAGGAGGAGGACGUCGAGACAGCAUCGGAGUCGCCGGCAACGCUGAAGCCGAGACGCAGUGCGCCAAGCGGCUAUAUCGAGUCGACUGACAUCUCGGGUCCUCCGGGGAAGCCGAUCAUCUCAGGCGACACAAUUUACUUUCUGGCGAGAACCGGCAAGUAUCUGGAAUAUCCAGAGCACCGGGAGGAUCCAAGAGCACGAGCAGAGAUCAAAGGGCCGCGACAGGCUUUAGUUAUCCAGAAGAGUGGAGGCGGUGCCAUUCAGUCAGGAGAUACCGUGACACUGAAGUGCCACCUCGGUGUUUACCUGGAUUUCGUGGGUACGGCCGUUCGGGCACGCUACACCGAAGUCGGAGACUGGCAGAAGAUUAGGAUUACCAGUGAAGGCGGCAGUGGGCCUAUUCGCACAGGCGACAUUGUGUUCCUGAGAGGGCAUCAAGACAACGUGCUGGAUGUCGAAAAGGAAAACGUGAAGUGUCGCUGGCCAGAUGAAGGACGCUGGCAGCGCCUGGCCGUUGAGAAGUGA